CCCUUCUCUCACGUAUUCAUAAUCUUCAUCACUCACAAUCAAUUUUCCAAGUAAUAUUUGUUAAAGCCCUAUAGUAGUCUGGUUAAUUAACCAGAAACCAUGAAUGCUUUUCACUUGCUUCUGACACUAUUUAUUCCUUUCCUAUUCUCCACUUUUGUUUCUGGUUAUUCUUGGAAUGACGUUAAGCUUUGGUGCAACCAAACCCCAAACCCUCAACCAUGUGAGUAUUUCUUGACCAAUAACCCCACUUACCAAUACAAACCCAUUAAGCAAAAAUCUGAUUUUCUCCAACUUUCAUUGCAACUUGCUCAAGAGAGAGCACUCAAGGGCCAUGCAAAAACUCUUUCACAUGGUUCAAAGUGCCGAAACCCUCGUGAAAGGCUUGCUUGGGCUGAUUGUGUUGAGCUUUACGAGCAAACUAUCCAAAAACUGAACGAAACCUUAAACCCUAACACCAAGUGCUCCCAAGUUGAUGCCCAAACAUGGCUCAGCACAGCUCUCACUAACCUUGAGACAUGCAAAGCUGGGUUCUACGAGCUUGGGGUUCAAGACUAUUUGCUACCUCUUAUGUCCAACAAUGUUACUAAGUUGUUGAGCAACACCUUGGCACUUAACAAAGUUCAAUAUCAAGAACAAGGUUACAAAGAUGGUUUCCCAACAUGGGUGAAGCCAGGUGAUAGAAAGUUGUUGCAAGCUUCUUCUCCAGCUUCUAGGGCUAAUGCUGUGGUGGCAAAAGAUGGGUCUGCAAAGUACACAACGGUGAGUGCAGCCGUAAAUGCAGCACCAAAGAGUAGCAGUGGAAGGUAUGUGAUAUAUGUGAAGGCUGGUGUAUACAAUGAACAAGUUGAGAUAAAAGCAAAGAAUAUAAUGUUGAUUGGAGAUGGUAUUGGAAAGACCAUAAUCACAGGUAGUAAAAGUGUUGGAGGAGGCACCACAACCUUCCGUUCAGCCACUGUUGCUGUCGUUGGGGAUGGAUUUAUUGGUCAAGGUAUCACAUUUAGGAACACCGCUGGUGCAAAAAACCACCAAGCAGUUGCAUUGCGUUCUGGAUCAGACUUGUCAGUAUUUUACAAAUGCAGUUUUGAAGGUUACCAAGACACGCUAUAUGUCCACUCUGACAGACAAUUCUAUAGGGAAUGUAACAUCUAUGGCACAGUUGACUUCAUAUUUGGCAAUGCUGCUGUUGUGUUCCAAAACUGUAACAUAUUUGCAAGAAACCCUCCCAACAAAGUCAACACCAUCACUGCUCAAGGAAGAACCGAUCCAAACCAAAACACUGGCAUUUCCAUUCACAAUUCUAGGGUUACUGCUGCCUCGGAUUUGAAACCAGUUCAAAACUCAGUUAAGACUUAUCUUGGAAGGCCUUGGAAGCAAUAUUCUAGAACAGUUUUCAUGAAGACUUAUCUUGAUGGUUUGAUCAAUCCAACGGGUUGGUUAGAAUGGAAUGGUAACUUUGCAUUAAGAACUUUGUACUAUGGAGAAUACAUGAACACUGGACCAGGGUCUUCUACUGCUAGAAGAGUUAACUGGCCUGGUUAUCGUGUGAUAACUAGAGCUUCAGAAGCAUCAAAAUUCACUGUUGGAAAUUUCAUCGCAGGAAACGCAUGGUUACCUGCCACCAAAGUGCCUUUUACCCCAACUCUGUAAUUUAAGCAAUAUGUUUGUUAUUUGUUGAUUGUUUGAUUAAUUAGUUUCAUUUCUUUCAUUUGUUGAAGUGUUAAUUAAAAUAAUGUUGACCUAGUUUGCUGAUACAAUUGGAAACUUUGUACAAUUUAUAAAUAGCUAGCUUUAUGUUGUUGUGGGUUGGAUUUCUUAAAUUUUGGAAGUUUGU